UGUAAUUUCCACUGGAACUAUCAGAGAGGGUUGCCGUAUUGACGGGAUACCUAAUUACUUAGCAGAAUGAUGUUUUGUGUGAAAGUGUGUGGUUCUUGUAUUGGAAAAUUGAAUGUCUGAUAAAGACAUCUGUGACUUUCGUAGUAACGUUACAUUUAUCUAAAUUGGUACAUGCAAAGGAAUUGAAAUGAGAGUUUCUUGAUUUUCUAGGAUUUGUCAAAGAUCAGAAUGCAGUAUUUCAGGAUGCCGUCGAAGGGUCGUUACACGGCGGGGAAACAAGUUUCACGGUAUGAAGCAGAUUCCGAGAAUAUUGACAUAGAGUAUAAAAAUCUCGAAGGUCAAGGUCACACUGCGUGGUGCUCAAAUUGCUCGUGCCCACUAGGGAACAAGAAACCGUUAGUGAUCAAAGCGUUGACAGUAACAGUUGUAUUUGGUAUUGGGCUAGUGUUGGGUUUCUUGUUUAGAAAGACAGUAUACAGCAAAAGUGGUGACGUGCCUAUUUAUGAUAAGCCAAACUCUAGCAGCAUUUACAGUAUUAAGCAGGAUUACGAUCGUGAGUUUAGUAAACUUAUACAAGAUGAUUUAGAAGACGUCUACAACUAUGAGGACCACAUGAAGAUUAUUACACGUUGUGUUCAUAUGUCCGGUGUUGGCUCCGCCAAUAAACUGUUAGAUUACGUGGAACAGAAGUGGAAAACAUUUCCAUUUGAUGCAGUCAAAGUCAAAAAAUAUAACGUCACACUGUCGUAUGCCAACUACACAAACAUGAACGCCAACCUUGUCACGGUGCAAACGGCGAAUGGCACACUCAUUUUCCACAGUCAGUACAACACAUCUAGUUCUCAUCCAGAGUAUUUACCAUUCAGCGCUUACUCUCCAUCCGGAAAAGUGACGACGACCAAGGUUGUGUAUGGGCACUACGGACGGCCUGGUGACCUGAAAACUUUGAGGGACAACAAGAUAGCGAUCAAAGAUUCUUUACUGAUUGUCAGAUAUGGCCGUAUUCACCCAGCAAGUAAGGUUAAGAAUGCGGAACAGUACGGCGCGGCAGGUGUUAUACUUUAUUCUGAUCCUGCAGACUACGCCAACAACCAGACUACGGUAUAUCCGGAUAGUUGGUGGUUACCUGGCUGGGCCGUACAGCUGUCACAUGUCCGGUAUAACCUUCUUGGUGAUCCAUCAACGCCUGAUUAUUCCUCCAUCACGGGAGUUCAUCAUAAGUCAGAGGCCAGGUCACACUUUCCAAAGAUACCAGUCCAGCCUGUUAGAUACGAAGACGCCCAAUUUCUUCUAAGCGAUAUGGCUGGUCCAGUCGUGAAGAACGAAUGGUUCGGUGGCCUGAACAUCACAUACAGGCUUGGCCCUGGCUACACAGACGACAGGAAAGUGACACUACAAGUAGAAAACAUGAUCCAAGAGAGACUUAUUUCAAAUAUUCUGGCAGUGGUGAAGGGACAUUACGAAUCAGACAAAUAUGUCAUUAUUGGUUCCCAUAUUGACUCGUGGAUACAAGGAGGGGUCGAUUCGGGGACAGGAUACACAGUGAUUCAAGAACUAGCGAGGACAUUUGCUUACCAUAUUGGAAAAGGAUGGAGACCCCGACGGACUAUCAUAUUUGCAUUAUGGGACGCAUCCAAAUACGGCAAUAUCGGUGCUUAUGAAUGGGUACAAGAACACGAACAACAGCUUACAGCAGGUGCUGUGGCCUACAUAAACUUAGAUGCUUUAAUCCAAGGUAAUUACAGCUUUGCAGCAAGUGCCAGCCCACUAUUAUUUUCCACGAUUGUGGAAGCCACACAGACGGUACAACUGAACUGUUCAAAUAAGCAGUGGUGCACAAAACUGUCAACAAUAUACAGCCAGUGGAUGAAAAGUUUUCCUGGAGAAAAUAAUAUGCCAAAAUUUAAAUCAAUAGGAGAUGACAGUGACCACGCCCCUUUUGUGUACAGAGUUGGUGUUCCAAUAUUGUUUCCUCAGUAUACAUUCAAUGAAACAAUGUAUCCAUUCUUAAGCACAUACCCGGCAGUUGGAGCUCUAGAGGACACCAAAGACUACGUAGAAAAGUUUAUAGAUCCAAAUUAUACACUCCAUAUUACAAUGACAAAAGUUCUUUCAGAUGUUAUUUUGAGGUUGUCCGAUUCAGCGAUUUUGCCAUUUGAUUUACAGAGUUUUAUAAACUUUGUUGAAAGUGGGAAGAAAGUUGUUAACGAAAUGACUACGGCUUUGAUGUCUAUGGGUAUUACAAUAGAUACUGCCCACUUUUGCGUAGAUGCUAUUGAAAGAUUCAGUAAUGCAGCUACUAAUCUUAAGCACAAAAUAAAUAACAUCGACCGGUCUAACUUCAGUGAAUUCGACCUUUAUAUCUUAAAUAACAAAUUGAUACAUUUGUCUAGAGCAUUUAUAUCGGAUGUUGGUCUUCCUGGAAACAAGCAUUACAGAAACAUUCUUUUGGCACCAGAUCCACUGGACCUGAAGAAAGAAAUAACAUUUCCUGGUAUCUAUUGGAGUGUGCAUUCAAAUUUCAAUAAAACGGAAAUUAAAGAGCAUCUCAACGAACAAAUUUCAUUACUUGUCCUUAGUCUAAAUAGAGCCACUGACAUUUUAAACGAUUCUAUGGUCACGUGAUAGUGACAGUAACAACGCAGCUGUAUUAAGGGGUACAAACAAUUUUGACAAGGGUUAGUUUGAGAGUAACGUCUAUUGGUCUAGAAGCGUGCAUUGAUCUAGAAGGUCUGACAUUUAUUUAGAAGCUGCUAUUGAUAUGGAAGCGUCUAUCGAUCUAGAAGCGUCUGUUAGAAGCGUCUGUUGAUGUGGAAGCGCCAAGUGAUCUAGAAGCAUCUGUGGAUCUAGAAGCGUUUGGUGUUUCAAAGUAAUAAGGUUUAAACAAAUGAACGAAGUUACAGUUCGAGGCGGCUUGGAGAGGCGUUUUACCGCAUCUACCACGGCUUUUUCGUGGUUAGAAAUACAAGUGACUGUACUGAUUAGCAGGAAGGGACCUCUGUACAUUUAAUAUGCAUAAUGACAUCAAAAACAAACUACGCUGAAAUGCAUGCGAAAUAUUAGGCAGUUUAUCUUUUAUGUAGAAUAAUUUGCAAAACAUACAGGGCAUAUUAUUAAACGCACUGAAACAUUAUAUGAGAAUAAAAAUUUACAAAUAAAUAAUCAUAAACAAAUAUAGUUGGACCGAGAUUUGACCAAGACAUGCCAUAUUAUCACGACCAGUCUGUCUCUACAUUUAUCAACACACAAAAACAUGCAUUUAUUUCAUCAGUAGGUAAAUUGGUAUUUAGGAAAAUGUAUUGCUUACAUGCCAAAUCUUUAAAGUAUUUGUUCCGGUGAUUCCAUGAGAACAGCCAAAAAUAGAUAAAAUUUAGUUUCACAUUAUCAAUAAUAUAAUAUAUAUUUAUUUAAAUGUUUCUUGAACUUAUUUCUCAACAGAAAGUGUCUUGUUAUUUUGUAGUUCAUAGUCAUAGGUUACAUGUAUUUGUUUCAUUACUUUAUACUUUAUGAUUUUUAUGUGCCUGGAUAUAUAAGAAUUAGAAUAUAUUUAUAUACAUAAUUAUCUGCUGAAAAAUAUACUGUUGGCAUAAUUGAUAAGGUCCAUCUCGCAAGCCCAUUUAAUAUCUACGGAAUUCAGUUUAGCUCAUAUCCCUUGUCGUGUCGUAUUGCAGUGCGUCGUGUCGUACUAUUGUGCGUCAUGUCGCGCGUCGUGCGUCAAUCUAAAUCACGACGGACGACACACGACAUGAGCUAAACAGGAUUCCGUAAAUACAUUUGCAACGCAAAUGAUGAACAAAACACAAAGUUCGUAUGCCCGAUGUAUACUAGCUGAUUAGUGGACAUCUUUGUCGAGUAUUGAGAGAAACGAUGCUCAUUUGGAUCACAAAAAGGCUUAAUGUUACUUGAAAAGCUUAAUGUUACUUUACAUGAAAAGCUUAAUUUCACAUGCAACGCUUAUAAAAGUCGAUGUUAUGUUAUAGGAAACCAUCUGCGAAAUGUUGCUAUACUUAACUAUGGAGCCAACGGAAAAACAAAGAAAAUGUGAAAAUCCUAUAUUGUCAUUUGUUAGUUUCAAAAGUGCAUACACCCUUUGCACGUGUACGUUUGGGUAAUAUCAAACUGGAUCUACUAUAAUGUUUUUUGUUUUUUGCUUGGUUGCGAAUUAUGCCAUUAAGAACUGUUCUUUAAGCUUUUUUAUUUAAAUGUAGUAAUAUUGAAAAUAGUCAUUCAAGUACAUAAUUAUGUGGUUAUGUAAAUAUUAUCAAAAUGUGUAUGUGUGUUUUAGAAAUUCAUGAUAUCCCAAAAUACGUAUGUUAACUUUCAUGUGUAAAUGUGUAUCCCAUUUGUAAAUGAGUAUCUCAUGUGUAAAUGUUUAUCAUUCACUGACCAAACCACAUAUUCAUCAGCGUUUGAAUUCCUAGUCUCAAAUUUAGUCUUGACCUUUAAAAUAUUAAAGUUUCAAUUUGCUCCAGGUUUUAAAAGCUUAUAAUUCCCUUGACUAAAAUGUGGUUGCCAUAUAUCCCGUUAUGAGCAUAGAAUAUAUUAAAUUAUUGUUACAUUUUAUUUCUAAUAUAUACCUUAGUUUGAAUAUUGAUGAACAAAGUAAAAGUUUAAUUGAUUACCUCCCAUUAUGGCUUUUUAAAGCACCAUGUAUGUUAUAGCAAAUUUGAACAAAUUUAUUGUUCCUUAAAGGCUCAUAAUUUCCUUGACUAAAAUGUUGCUGCCAUAUUUUGCGUUAUGAACAUAGAAUAUAUUAAUUUCUUUUUACAUUUUAUUUCUAAUAUUUGUCAAUAGUUUAAAUAUUGAUGAAAAUAGUAAAGGUUCUGUUGAUUACCUCCCGUUAUGGCUUUUUAAAUCACCAUAUGUUAUAGUAAAUUUGUACAAAUUUAUUGUUCAUUAAAUGCUCAUAAUUCCCUUGACUAAAAUGUGGCUGCCAUAUUUUCCUUUAUGAGCAUAAAAUAUGUAUAGGUUAAUAAGUGGGAGAGCGGUGCCUUUGAGUGAUACUGGCUCUGGCAAGGGCAAAGGUAUAUAGACUAUGUGUGAUUUUAAGGGUCAAGUCUAUAAUCAGUACUUUGAUGAAUAUGGAUCAUGAAUGUACGAAAUGUGCGUUUUCCGGUUGUGAUUAAAUAAAUUCUCUAGGUACCUCUUUCUAGUUUUCUAUAAAAACACUGUUGUGAUUCCAUCUAAGAGUGUUUUCAUCACAAACAUGAGCCGCACCGUGAGAAAACCAACAUAGUGCAUUUGCGACCAGCGUGGAUCCGCGCAGUCUGGUCAGUAUCCAUACUGUUCGCUUUCAAAGCAAAUUGCAAUUAGAGAA